GACCGAGGCCGAGGGCCGCCGAGAGCGCUUCCGGGAGGUUACCGUGGCGGCUUCGCCCUGCGGGAGCCGGACCCUGGCGGGCUCGUCAUGGACCGCGACUUGCUGCGGCAGUCGCUGGGCUGCCACGGCCCGGCGCUGCUGUCGCUGCUGCGGAGCGAGCAGCAGGACAACCCGCACUUCCGGAACCUGCUGGGCACGGCGGCCGAGCCAGCCCGCGGCGCGGCGCCGCCUCAGGGAGCGGGCAGGAAAGAGAAGAGAGUUGACAACAUUGAAAUACAAAAAUUCAUCUCCAAAAAGGCAGACCUGCUCUUUGCCCUGUCUUGGAAGUCAGAUGCACCUGCACCCUCCGAAGUGCACGACGACAGUGACAAUCAUUAUGCGGUCAUGCCACCUUUAGAGCAAUUCAUGGAGAUCCCAAGCAUGGACCGGCGAGAGCUGUUUUUCCGAGAUAUUGAACGUGGUGAUAUAGUGAUUGGAAGAAUCAGCUCUAUUCGGGAAUUUGGUUUUUUCAUGGUGUUGAUCUGUUUAGGAAGUGGCAUCAUGAGAGACAUAUCUCACUUAGAAAUCACAGCUCUCUGUCCCUUAAGAGAUGUGCCUUCUCACAGUAACCAUGGAGAUCCGUUAUCAUAUUACCAAACUGGUGACAUAAUUCGAGCUGGAAUCAAGGAUAUUGACAGAUAUCAUGAAAAGCUUGCGGUAUCUCUGUAUAGCUCAUCUCUUCCACCACACCUAUCUGGCAUUAAACUAGGUGUGAUUACUUCUGAAGAGCUACCUUUGUACUACAGGAGGAGUGUUGAACUAAAUAGUAAUUCCUUGGAGUCCUACGAAAACAUCAUGCAAAGUUCUCUGGGAUUUGUUAAUCCAGGAGUAGUUGAAUUCCUUCUAGAGAAACUAGGAAUAGAUGAGUCUCAUCCACCAUCUUUAAUGAGAGGCCUACAAAGCAAAAAUUUCUCUGAAGAUGAUUUUGCUGUGGCUUUAAGAAAGAAGCAGUCAGCGUCGUGGGCUUUGAAAUGUGUGAAGAUUGGGGUCGAUUAUUUUAAGGUUGGGCGACAUGUGGAUGCUAUGAAUGAAUACAAUAAAGCUCUGGAAAUAGACAAACAAAAUGUGGAAGCUCUGGUAGCUCGUGGAGCACUAUAUGCAACCAAAGGAAGUCUGAACAAAGCAAUAGAAGAUUUUGAGCUAGCAUUAGAAAACUGCCCAACUCACAGGAAUGCAAGAAAAUACCUCUGCCAGACACUUGUCGAAAGGGGAGGGCAGUUAGAAGAAGAAGAAAAGUUUUUAAAUGCUGAAAGUUACUAUAAGAAAGCUCUGGCUUUGGAUGAGACUUUUAAAGACGCAGAGGAUGCUUUGCAGAAACUUCAUAAAUAUAUGCAGAAAUCUUUGGAAUUAAGAGAAAAACAAGCUGAAAAGGAAGAAAAGCAGAAAACAAAGAAAAUAGAAACAAGUGCAGAAAAGUUGCGUAAGCUCUUAAAAGAGGAGAAAAGGCUGAAGAAGAAGAGAAGAAAAUCAUCAUCUUCCUCUUCAAGUGUUUCUUCUGCUGAUGAAUCCGUUUCUUCUUCCUCAUCUUCUUCCUCUUCUAGUCACAAACGGCAUAAGAAAAGUAAGAGGAAUCGUUCAGAGUCUUCUCGCAGUUCAAAGAGGCACUGGUCUAAGACAUCUUCAAGUCACAUAGAUCAGAAUAGGAAAGAUGAUUGCUACCCAGUUCCAACUAAUACUUCAGCAUCUUUCCUUAAUCAAAAACAAGAAGUGGAGAAACUACUGGAAAAGCAGGAUAGGUUACAAUAUCCAAACACACAGGUAAAAGAGAAAGAGAGAUGCCUUCUCACAUCUUCAGGUGAAGUGCCAGAUGAUUUGGGAGGUAGGUCUGAAGACACAAGAGAUUCUUACAAUAACUAUAAAACCCAGGCAGGUAGUAGCAAAACCGAAAAGCCAUAUAAGUCAGAAAGAUAUUUCUCCAGUAGGAGAAAUUCCUCAGAUUCCUUCUGUAGAAAUUCAGAGGACAAGAUGAAAGCUUCUAGUUCUAGGAGAUUUGAAAAGGACACAGAGGGAAGAAAAGAUCACUCUAGGAGGUGGGAGCCAGGGUCUGUGAAGUACUCUACUUCACCAGCAAGUUCGGACUACUCUUGGAAGUCACUUGAAAAACACAAAAAAUACACUUCUGGAUCACGUGACAGUAGACCUGAGCAGAGAUACCAGUUCACUACAAAUCAGGGAGAGCGUGCAUAUGUAAAGGAGGACAGCUGUGGGGGGGGUAACAAAACCGAGGCUCCAGAAGACACACUAAAUAGCAAAGAGCAACCAGAAAGCAGAAUUAAGAAAAACUUACCUCAAAAUCUCCUCAAUAUAUUUAAUCAGAUAGCUGAAUUUGAGAAAGAAAAAGGAAAUAAGCCAAGAAAGUGAUCUGCUUAGGAAAUUUUCAAUACAUUUUCAGAAGUCUGGGGAUGCUUUAAUCCUAAGAAACGGUUCUGGGUCUAACAUCAUUUGCAGCAGAUGACAAGAUGUUUCUAGGUUUUGUUUCAGUUAUCCCCUUCAUCAUAGUGCUUCAGGUAUGUGCAGAUAGAGCUCUUACUCUGGCAACUUAAACUUUUCACCUCAAGAUAUUUCCUGAGCACUUUGUUUCUUCAUUGUAUUGUGGUUUGUGAGAACCCUAGGCCUAUCAUAUUUCACUGUUGGAGAGAAAUACGUUUGCGCUAAACAGUUGGAUGUUUUAUCAAAAAAUACUUAUUCUCUUUUGUUAAAAAGCCAUUAGUUUUUUUUUUUUGUGGGGGGGGAUAUUAUAUGGUUGAAUGUAUCUUAGGUACUAUUUUAAGUCAUUUGUUUUAGGCAUUAAAUUUUUUGCACCGUUUCAUUUUUAAGUGAUAAAUUAUGACUUGGUUUACCUCUUAAUGCCUGAUGUAAAUGGUUUGUGAACAUUGUUUUCUUCCCAGCUUAACAAAAUACCUUAAGAAUAAUAAGACCAUGAAAGUUGGUUAAUCAGAGCCUGUUUUACUUAUUUCUCCAUUAUUAUUUUUACUUAAUGGUUAUGGUCAUAAGAAAAUUUUUAACUUUAAAUAUUGACAAAACCCUUAGGGAAUUCUAGACAAGACUAAAUGAGAAUAGAAAAUAAUUUUUAGUAAAAAUAGCAGCAGAGAAGCACCCUGUAAAUCUGGAUUUUUCUGUCUUAAUAUUGCAAAUGCUUGGGAAGUCAGUAGGCAUGUUUCUAAAUAGGGGAAGGACUGGCUUGCGGUUUACUCUUCUCUAUUAUUUUCUCUUUAUUGAAGCCUUCUCUGAAUCCUAGUGAAUGAUAGAAUAAAUUCCAGGCCUCUGGGAUAGCUCAGUAUGUAGAAGUACCAUCCCAGCUGAUGGCCUGAGUUCAAUCCCAAGACCCCAAGGCAUAGGGACAGAACUGACUCUCAAAGCUUGUCCUCUGACAGCCACAUACAAACACCAUAGCUACACAAACAGCUAAUGAAGGAAUCAUCUUGGACUUCCAAAGAACGUGUCUAAAUUACUAAAAAUUGAAUAGUAGACUCUUGGAGACAUUAGUAGGUAUCAUAGCUGUUGCACUUACGAUGCUCUUCAUUUAGGAUUCUAGAAAGUGUAAAUGGCAGUGAGCUUUUAAUCUCUUGUUGGUCAUUAAACAGAAUCCACCUGCAGACAUACAUGAGAGAAAUAGGGAGUGGCAGAAAAAGACUCAUUGCAUGUUUGUUUAUAACAGUAAAACGCUAAAGUUUUAGUAAUGAUACAUACUAUUUGUUCCAAAUUAUAGUGAUAGAAAACUACUGUAAAAACAGUACAGUAGGAAAAGAAACCUUAAUUAAGAACAGUAAAUAACGGCAGCAGAAAUUGGAUAAUCACUUCAGUAUUAGUUUUUGUACCAAGGAACUCAAUAUAUUAUUUUUAUUUUUAUCAUUAUUAUUAUUAUUAUUAUUGGGACUGGGGGUGGGGAGAACAGUGAGCAUCUGUGCCACAUAUAUGGAGAUUGGAGGACAACUUGAGGGAAUCAAUUCUCUCCUACCUUACGGAUCCCAGGAAUCAAACUUGGGUCAUUGGGCUUGACAGCAAGUACCUCUGUCCACUGAGCCAUUUUGCCAGGCCAGCACCAAGGAACUCUUAAGAGUGCUCUAUGUAUUAAUAGUUCCAGUCUUAGUUCUACGUAGUGGAGGUUUGUUAAAGAGUAGAAACCACCUCUCUGCACACUGCUUGAUCAUUGAGAACCCCAAUUAUAUACCUUAUAAUCUUAACCAUAUCAUCUUACUUUACCCUUAGGAAAGUGCCUGUGGGGUAGGCUACCAGAAUUUGGAAAUUACAGCCUUCUUAAUAGGAUUACAUCUUUCCUAGUAGGAAAGGACAUGAUAAUUUAAGCAGUCUACACUAAUCUAAGCAUCUAGCUCCUUGGGAUAUUUAAGGAGUUGUCACAGGAAAAAAUAUAGGAGGUUUUAAUUGAUCCUCAGUGAUGUCUUCAGUUGUUUCUUUCACAUUAAUAUGUCCAUAGUUUGUAUGUACCCUGGCUAGCUUUGUCUUGGUUUCCACGAGUAGAACUGUGACUUCUGGAUGUUAAGGUAACUGCAGAUCUGCAAACAGAGGGGUUGGUCCUUUGUCUUGCCAUUUAGCGUUAUUACAUACAGUUAGUGUAGUGAUUAAAUGUAAACUUGGAUGCUGGCCAUUCCAGACUAAGGUCUAGUAGUGACUCCAUAGGUAGAAGUUAACUACUUAUAAUACUAUUACUAUGCUUCAAGACCAGUAUGUUUUGCUUAUAUGUUACUUCAAUAAGCCUGUAAUACAGUUAAUCAUCCCUGUGUUACAAGAAGAAAAAGCAUAGGAAAGUAAGCCUCCUAAUAAGAAACAAAAACCUCACCUUCGUAGAACACAAAGUUUAAUGUUUAAGUUCCAAGUAACUUACAAACUAAUAAGUGACUGAGAAUCACAACAUUAGUAAACAAAAUGAUUGGAUUAAUCAGUUUUAGAUCCUAAACAUCAUGCAUUUUGGCAGCAUUCCAACUAAAAAGUGCCCACAGUUUUCUUUGCCAUUUUAGUUAUUACAUUUAACUAUGCCUUUCUAUUUCUGAAUUAAAAAGAUUAUGAGUAGAAACAGAUCUACUACCACUACUGCUUUCAGAAGUAGCUGAGUAGUGGUUCUAAGACAAUCACUGUUGUAAGGUUUAAAGGAGAAGUUCCUUUGUAUACCUGAAUGCUAAUAUAUUUAAAAAUCUAGCUUUAUAGUAGUAUUUCACACUCUAGUCCAAGAAGUUCAAAGUGCUGGAUAUAAAGUAUUACCUGAAAAAAACUAAUUUUAAAUAUAGUAUGCAAUAUCUACCUCCAUUGUAAAUUUAAUAUGCUCAAUUUUUUCAAGGUCAGAGUACAGACAGUCUUAGCAACUUAAGUUGUACUUUACGCAUAUAUAGAGAUAAAUAUAUAUGUGUGUACACAUAUAGUGUUUUUCUUACCAAGGGAGGGGUAAUGAUACUAUCUUUUUGUUAUAAAUUAUAACCAAAAAAAGGCCUUUAACAGGUGUGUGUCACCCUCAGAAAAAAAUUGGAGGAAUAUGGUUAUUUGCUUUUUGUUUUUAAUUUUAAAAAGUCGUUUUGUGUUUUGGAGUAAAUGAAAAUUUCCUUAUUAAGACAUGCAGUGAACCUUUAGAAGUGUAUUCCUAAGAGAACCUUCUUUUCUAAUCUAAGUGACUGCAUAAGACAUCUAACACUACAGACAUCAGUGUUCUCUCCCCCCCACCCCCUCCACACUUUAUCACAAAUGACCUGGCUAUGGUUCUGCAUUUCUUUCUCUAUGAAUAAAACACUAGGGGAAAACAAAACCAACUGCCUUUGUUCUUUUCUCAACAGAUGUUUUAGCCACUAUGCAGAACUUUGCUCUGUGGUACUUCCAAUACUAUUUUAGUAGGAUUGUAUGUGUCAUUAAUAAAUGGAACCCCGGAAAAAGGGAGACUUAACCAUUAAUGCGAUUUUCAUUUGUGUUCAAAAUUUGCACAAGAGAUUUUAAAGAAUGCUUAUUUGCUGGGCUUUUUUCCCUUAGGAGUACUCGAAUUACUGCCAUUACUAGGUGACCUAGAACCAUUGCUUUCUGUCGGAGAUCCAGGGAAGCUGAUCUGUAAUACUUUAGCUGAAACGGGAGAAGCGGGCGAACCUGGGCUCUCAGGCGACCUAGAACAAGAAAGGAUUUACUAUAAACAUAAUGCAAAAUGUACUUAAAAUAGACCUUAUUGGCAAAAAAAAAAAAAAAAAAAAAA